UGCACAUUUACUGAUCAUUAUUAAAUGGAAAAAAAUAUAUUCAGUAUUAAUUUGGACUAUUCAGCAUUCACCAACGAAGGAAGUCCGAUGGGGGUGAUGGUCAGACUCUCGUUUAUCAUCAAAGGAAUGAGCAUUACACAGAGGCCUGUACUCUGGAGUGGGAUUGAUUUGGAGGUGGAGGGCCAUCACGGUCGAUGUGUGACAGCACCAUUGAACUGAGCUUGUUGUCAUCGCAUGCGAUCUCAAUGCUGUGCGUUACAGGGAAGACAUCCUCCUCCCUCAUGUGGUAAGCUUCCUGCAGGCUCAUCCUGACAUGACAUUGUUCAAGGACAAAGAUGGCCAGAUAGAGGCCUCUGGUCAUCUGCUCAGAGUGCUCCGCCAGCUCCAGGCCAACCACUGUCCUAUGCCGAGUUCAUCGUUCAGACCAAAAAACGGGGCAACAGGUUGCAACAUGGACCAGUAAAACAAACAUCUGCUGCUGAAAGCAGGAAUUGUGCUGCAGUGCAAAGUAGUGGAAACACUGUUGGAACCGGGUCAGUAAGUAAGUCAUCCUAAGACUCUGGAAUACCUAACAACAAGCAGCAGGAACCAUUUGAGGUACCAACAAUGGAUCAGUCAAACGAGGAUGGGUAGUGUUCGUUCGAAGAGUUGUGUCAUUUCUCCUCACCUUAUAGGAUUAGGAAACAGUAUUAUAGUCAGUCCUCGACAGAGAGGCAACCCCAUCCUGAAGUUUGUGAGAAAUGUUCCUUGGGAUUUUGGAGAAGUGGUGCCAGACUAUGUAUUGGGGUGGACAACAUGUGCUUUCUUUCUCAGUGUGAGCAACCAUAAUCUGAACCCAAACUACAUCCAUGAGCGCCUGAAAGAGCUGGGACAGAGUUUUGCUCUCCGAGUGUUGCUCAUCCAAGUUGACGUGGGACAGAUGGAACAUGGGCUGUUUUAGGAUUAAGGGACCUAAAACAUUAAUCAGAAAGGAUAAAGAAACAUGAGUAUACAAGAGCACAUAUGGACAAUAGUGUCAAGCUAGCAAUCCUUGGCAGAGUCAUCAUAGCUACGCAACUGGACGAAGGCCACAGAAUCUGGGUAAGAAAGCACAAUGACAAGGUGGAUAAGAAUAGGCAUAUUUUAUCAAAUAUAAUUGACUGUGUGAAAUGCUGAAUGCAAUGGCUAUGCUCUCCAUGGAAAAAAAAUAUCAAAAGCAUUCCUGACUUCAAUAAUAGGGUCAAUGAGAAGU